AUUGUAUGGUCCGUUCCGUGCGAGAUCACGGCCGCGGCUGACCAGAGCGAAGAGCAAUCAGUAUUGUGCCACAGGCGCGGCGUUGCUGAUAGCGAGCACGCACAAAAUAGGACGAGCACGGUAGAAGUGACCACAACCAUUUAAGAACUGACUUUAGAUUGAGGCAUGCCGGCUCGAAGGGCGCGCAGAAGCUAGCAAGUGACUCCCGUGAUCAGAUUCCUAUCGAGAUAAGUUCUGCGCACGCAAAAAAACGUUCAAAUUCGUCACCGGACUGGUCCCCUGUUUCCCGUUUUUGUGUUUGUUAAUGUGAUUCACCAUUCCGGUGCACGACAGUGGAAACGCAUGGAAAACGCAACGAAAAUGUGAUUCUAAGUUGUCCCCUUUGGAUGGAAAAGCCGGACAAGAGGAGCAGAUCGAAGAAGGCAUAAGAUAGGAAAGUAUUACAGCGCUCUAAAUGAUCGGAACGCCGUGCUAGGAUCAGUCGAACGAAUUACGAUCGCGACGUAAUUAACAGCCAAACGCAAGAUGAGAUUAUGGAUGGGUCUCAUUUUAGGCGCCGCGCUAGCAUCAACUGUCUGGUGCAGGAACGAACUUCGAUUACCCUCUUGGUAGCAGUUCUUGAUAAUCUAUUCUUCGUUACCGACACCGACUGUUGCACCGGUUGAAUUCACCGACGAUCACCACGGACAUGCGCGCACGAUUGCAAAUUAGUCGACGCCCAAAAGUCAAUUGCAAUUAAUCAUCGGUCGAUAAAUAAUCCGUUAGUAACCAGCGCCGUUCCAGGAGUGCCGGUUACAGCGCUGAUAGUAACCCCCUCUGCAGUAAGCCAUGCGUCAUGGCUUACUAGGAUAAACAGUGCGAUUGGCCAACGAGCUGUCUGGUCUCGCCGGUAGCAUCGAGUGUACACAGUCGCGCACGCUUUGUGCCAACAAAGCGUGCUGGUCUGAUAAGAUGGAACGGUUACCGGUACCGUACGCAUAAACCUGCACCUUGUGCCAGGUCGCACGGUAAUCAACGACCCCAUCACCAGGCUAACCUUAACCGAUUGCACCAAGGAAUGGAACGCGACGGGAUAGUAGGCUACAGCUGAGUGUCUUGCGCUGGAAGGACAAAUUUCCAGGUGGGCCUCUUAGUGGCCAAAAACGGGGAAUCGAGCGAUUUCCGUGAUCACCCAUUCACGCUCCGCUUCUUCCGGCUGUCAUCGAUUAGCCUUGUAUCUUAUCAUGCCGUCGUUUCUCCCCAAGUCCACCCCCCAAAAAAAAAACUGUCUGGUCUGGCCGAAUCAGGAAAUCAUCGCCCGCUAGUUCGGCCAGGGCGGGUUCUUAUCUCUCUCGAACACCCUGCGCGCUCGGUCCGUGCACGAAACGCGAUGGAUCGGAGGCUCAAUCCACGCGCGGCCCUUUACUUGCCCGGUUAAUGUGUUUUCGGUCUUUUGCCGCAGGUUUUGUUUAGACGCGCACCACCCGCCCGACGAUCGGUUGCGCGCGAUCCGUGUGAUCCGACGCUGCUGGUACCGCGGGAAUGCAAUUCCUUCGCGACAGUCUCUCGUUCUCGUUCAGUAGCCAGCAAGGAAACAAUCGGCAGGCGGCGGCAGCGGCAGCGGCUACCCAGGAUCCAACGAUCUUCGGCGGCAACGGUGCGGUAAAGGAUGAUGGAGCCGCCACACCGACCGCUUCCCAGGGAAGCGAUGGUUCCAAGUACGACACGGUACGAUCGAGAGUGCCGGUCAACCUGGGCAGCCCACCGUCGGCGUACAGUACCCCGUUCCAGAGUCCGAUCAUCGCGAGCCGCACCUUUCCGACACUGACGGAGGCGGCCAGCACGCUGGGGAACCGUGGCCCCGCACGAGCCGGAAGUAUGGCGCCAACCCUGGACGGUGGUAAGCCGGAACGUAGCAGCAAAGUGUACUUCAUCGACCAGGGACAGCUGCAGCCGCCCGAGUAUGAGCUUCCGGAACGGCCCUCCGCCCUGAACGGGGACGGUGGGAUCGUUAAUCCAGCCUUCACGAAUGAUAGUAGUGGUGCCACGAUGAUCAACAUGUCCGGAUCGCAACCGAGCGUUAUCCGGGAGCAAUACUGGACAUGGUCAUGUCGUUGCCCGCGUGAGCUAACACCCCGGGAAAAGGGGAUGCUGAUAGUGAUCUUCAUUCUGGUGCUGAUCGUUGGAGGGCUCGCGACAUACCUGGGCAUUGUGGUGGACAGCGAUGGUGAUGUUUUGCCAGGUGGUAUCCUAACGAACAACCGGCUAGUACCGGCGGCAGCUACCCAGGAGUGAAGCACCGCCUGCUGGCACAUGGUCAUAAGCCGAACCGAUCCAUGGCUGGUACAGGAUCAUAGCGAGCGAGCGGUGCUGGAUGAGUAACCGAUCGUACAGCGAACACUUUUAACAUAAGACUGCGCAGAACCGGAGCCAUAUGGAAGCUGAAAACAAAAAGGAACCGUACCACCGCCCUAGGCUCAUAGUCAUUCUAACGAUGCCGCACGUUUUACGCCUCGUUUACAAACCCUCUAACAAACGGUCGCAGUCAGCGCUAUACACCUAAGAUACGAAAAACUCUCUUGCAAUGUUAAGUAUGAAAAGGUAAUAAACCUCUCUUUUUACACA